AAGGCUGCGCCGCUAGCACACUGUGAUUCAACUGGAGAAAGGAUAAAGUGUCCAAACACAGAGAAAAACUCCUGCUGAAGCGACUGAACUCCACACUGUUAUAAAGAUGGCGUUUAUUAAAGAGGAGAGUGAAGAUGUGAAGAUUGAAGAAACAUUCAGAGUCAAACAGGAAGAUCGGCAGGAACAAACAGACCUAAUUGAAGAGAAUGAGGGGAGUAAAGAGGAGGAACAUCAUGUCAAAAUUGAGGAAAAAACCCAUUUUCAGACUGAUGGUAUUUUGAAAAGGAAAGACAAGAAUCGUUUCACCUGCACUCAGUGUGAAAAGAGUUUUGUAAGACAAAGCAAUCUUAAAAUUCACAUGAGGAUCCACACUGGAGAAAAACCAUUCACAUGCACUCAGUGUGGAAUGAGUUUCAUCCAAUCAUCACACCUUAAUAAUCACAUGAAAAUCCACACUGGAGAGAAACCAUUCACAUGCACUCAGUGUGCGAAGAGUUUCAGUUUAUCGUCAUCCCUUAAUCUACACAUGAGGAUCCACACUGGAGAGAAACCAUUCACAUGCACUCAGUGUGGGAAGAGUUUCAACCAAUCAGCACACCUUAAUGAACACAUGAAGAGGCACACUGGAGAGAAACCAUUCACAUGCACUCAGUGUGGGAAGAGUUUCAGCUGCUCAUCAAACCUUUAUCAACACAUGAGGAUCCACACUGGAGAGAGACCAUUCACAUGCACUCAGUGUGGGAAGAGUUUCAGCUACUCAUCAUACCUUAAUCUACACAUGAGGAUCCACACUGGAGAAAGACGAUUCACAUGCACUCAGUGUGGUAAAAGUUUCAGCAUAUUAUCAUCCCUUAAUAGUCACAUGAGGAUCCACACUGGAGAGAAACCAUUCACAUGCACUCAGUGUGGGAAGAGUUUCAGCAUAUCAUCAUCCCUUAAUAGUCACAUAAGGAUCCACACUGGAGAGAAACCAUUUACAUGCACUCAGUGUGGGAAGAGUUUCAGCCAAUCAUCAUCCCUUAAUAGGCACAUGAGGAUCCACACUGGAACAAAAUCAUUCACUUGCACUUAAGCCGCGGUCACACUGGACUUUUCUCCCCUUAGACUUCCAUUCAUACUGUUAGACUUUUCCUAGUCCUCCCAGGUUAAAACAUCAGUCAGAGGCUUUAAAUAAGUUUUAUCAAUUUAAUUAAUUAGAUGAAUAAAGCAUUACAGAGCUCCGGGUGUCAGAGAACAGCAGCACAGGGUGUCUGUGUCAGCUGGGCACACACACCCACACCCUUGUCCCCCCUAUAUUUAUCAAUGUCUCUCUUCAGCCCCGCCCGGGGGCGUUUUAGUAAGAAAGAUCCUCCAUCCAGAUCAGUUCAAUCAUCAGUUGUUAGGCAGAACAGGAACUCUGCACAGAAAAAGUUACACAUACACAUAACAGAGCCUGAAAGAGAGUAAGCCUUCGCCCCUCCCGUCUGUUAUGGUUCCUGUAAAUGAGCACACUCUGAAAGUGAAAUUGUAACAUUUUGUUGAUAACAAGUACAGAGGAGUUAACUCCUCGGUUAUCAGACACACAAAGACACAGCUGUUAUGGAGCAAGGUUAGAUGAGGUUAAGCACAUGAGGUUAUAUGAGGAUAAACACAUCAGCAUAAGCUCAUGUAAUUAGUUAAAAACAGAAUUAAACUGUUAAUGCAAGGAUUAGUCUAUUAAUGUAUAGGAUGAAGUUAAAAUAAUCAAAAAAUCCUUCAAUACGCACGCGAAUGCGUCAGACCAGAAACGCAAGUUCGUGUGUCAAGUUUCACAGAUCGCCUUGCAAAGUUCAACCUUGGUAAACUCUGACCUGUGAAAUCGCAUCACUAGACUGUAUGAGACCAAUCGAAGAUCAAAACAUGACCUCUCUUGACUGAAAUGUAAAAUAUGGACCAAUCGCUCACUUUUUAAAUGUCUAAUCAUCUUGUUUAAUCCCGCCCCUUUUUGCUACGCCGUACAACAGAAUUUCGCAUGCUCAAACUCGAGUGUGAACGCAGCUUCGGUGUGGGAUGAGUUUCAGCAACUCAUCAGACCUUAAUAAACACAUGAAGACCCACACUGAAGAGAAACCAUUCACAUGCACUCAGUGCGGGAAGAGUUUCAACCGAUCAGCAAACCUUAAUGAACACAUAUAGAUCCACACUGGUGUGAAAGAGUUUAUGUGCUUGAGUGUGAGAAGACUUAUUACAGCUCCAAAAUUUAAACUGUACCAGACGAUUCACACUGGAGAAACCGUACAAGUGUUCACACUGUGACAAGAGGUUUAAUCAGUUAACACAUCUGAAAACACAAAAGAAGAUUCACACUGGAGAUAUCUGAUCAGUGUCUACAGUUUUGCUCAUUCGGCGCAGAUUAAUAAAUACGUGGACAAAAAGUUGCACACACGACAUGAAUGCAGCAAAACAUUUUCUCAUGUGCACAGGAUGUUUCAUGUCUGAAUGAUGUUUGAAAAGGCUGAGUGACGGCAUUCUGUUUUUCAACACACCUACACUGCAGUAGGAGGAGUUGUAAAUGUGUUGCGCUUCUCGCGUUUACCGUAAACACGAUGGCGGCUGAGAGAAGAACAUAAACAUCAUGGCAAACAGCACCUCUGCAGCUUAAAAUUUUUUUGCAAGUGAUUGUACAGGUGCGGAUACGUCUGUACUCUACUCUCCAAUGUAUUCAUGUAGCUAGUGUUUUUUUGGAUGAUGUUCUCUGUCUGACUUCCUGAAUGAGAAACAAACCACUGGGCUCCAGGACGGUUAGUUUGCAGUAUACCAGGGCCUCAAGUUUAGAAAGCCCAUUCAUUUGUCCUGUGUUGCAGCUAUGAUUAGUAAAGUUUAUACUUUUGGUUCAAGAUUCUUUCUAGUUUACUACAUUUACCUUUUUGAGUAGAAUACAAACUUGAUGAAUAUUUUAUGAUUUAGCCAGAGCGACAGGUAUUACGUUUUACAAUAUUAAUACACUGUGAUGAUCCCAAGACUCCAGAUUGGAGUAUGUGGUAAAUCCUGAUUGGAUGCCUGCAUUACUCAUCAAUAGGUAUAUAAAAGUUGUUGUGCUAGCUACCCCAGGAUGCUGUGGCUACUCAGGAAACCUCAUGUCAAGACCUGCCAUCUCAUUGACUCUUUAACCUUAUGGUUUUGUUUUGCAUUACUUGUAUCAUGUAGUUUAAGUGUUGUUGUGAUUAUAUCCUAAGUUCUUUAUCUUCAUUAUUAUCCCUAGACAUUUGUUGGUUGCUUUGAUUGAUUGUUCUAUGAGUUACAUUUUAUAAUAAAUAAUUUGCAUUCAGGCUA